GCGGGGGCGGGGGCGUGUCCGUAAGGCGGGAGGCUGCAGCGCUGGGAUCCCUCCUCGUGCUCAGCGUGGAGCCCCCUGCAGCCGCCGCGACCGCCACCACCCCAACCGCGGGCUUCCCGACUCGGCUCUGGGUUGCGUCCCGCACGGCUCCUUCUGGUGUCCCUUAGAGCAUGGGAGGCUGCUGAGCUUGAGUGGCAGGGUCCAGUAGGAGCUGCGAGUUUCAGCCCUUGGCAGGGAGGGCAUCCAUGGCUGCAGCCAACAAGGGCAGCAAGCCCAGAGUCCGGAGCAUCCGCUUUGCGGCAGGCCACGAUGCAGAAGGCUCCCAGAGCCACGUCCACUUUGAUGAGAAGCUGCAUGACUCGGUGGUCAUGGUCACCCAGGAGAGUGACAGCAGCUUUCUGGUCAAGGUUGGCUUCCUGAAGAUCCUGCACAGGUAUGAGAUUACCUUCACUUUGCCCUCGGUGCAAAGGCUGAGCAAGGACAUCCGAGAGGCGCCUGUCCCCAGCCUGCACCUCAAGCUCCUCAGCAUCGUGCCUGCCCCAGAAGGUUACAGCAUCAAGUGCGAGUACACGGCGCACAAGGAGGGCGUCCUCAAGGAGGAGCUGCUGCUCGCCUGCGAAGGUGGCACAGGCGCCUGUGUGCGAGUGGUGGUGCAGGCACGCGUCAUGGACCGGCACCACGGCACGCCCAUGCUGCUGGACGGCGUCAAGUGUGUGGGUGCUGAGCUAGAAUACGACUCGGAGCACAGCGACUGGCACGGCUUCGACUGAGGCCCAUGCCCCGGCCCACCUCGGGGCCCCUCAGCCUUAAUCUCCACCUCUUCUCCCCGAUGCUGCAUGACGGUGUGGCUUCCUCAUCCCUCCCCAGGGUGGGCGUGGGGGGGCUGUCCCGGGGCCUCCAGGCUGGGGCCUCCCCGCGCCUCACCUCUGUCUCCAUUGUUAUCACCUUCCUGCCCCUCCUGCAUCCUCCUCUUCCUGCUUCUUCCUCUCCAUGUGCCUCAGUCUCCUGCAGGAAGAAAUGGGUUGAGCCCCCAAGGAGCUGUCUGAGGAGGGGGCAGGGGAGGGGAGGACCUGGGGUGGGUAAACCACCCCGCACUGCAAGCCAUAGGAGCUCCAGCCAGGGCCUGGGAGAGGGGGGAACUGGCGCUCUGAUGUCAUCGCCCCAUUGCUGCUGCUGCUGCUGCUGUCUCAUCUAAGCCACCUCCUGUCCCCCCACCCCCAACUGCUGUUCAUGGCGAACUGGAGGGAGGUACAGGUCUCAGCCCCUACCCCCAGGUGUGUGUGACUUGGUUUUUAAACAACUGGUUGGGAUAAAAACUUAAAUAAAACUUUCAGUGGAUACC